UGUUGCCUCUCUUUCCCUCUAUUUGCGCUUUUACUCCUAGUAUCACUCGAGAUUUACCCUGCGGAGGCAUUGCCGUUUCAUUCUGUGAGCAUCUGGCGGUUUCGAUCAUGGAUGGCGCAGCACCUUCAGACGAUCUAAAAUGGUUCGGCGAAGGAUUCGACGGUUUCCCCAAAAAUCUGCCACCAGAUGUUGUCGAAUAUAUUGUCUGCAUCCUCGACACGAAGCUGUCUGACGCCCAGACGAGAGAGCGUCUUCAGGCUUUCCAACGCACACUCGCGUCACUGCAAAAGAAAUUCCUCAAAGAGUACAUAUGGCAACGAGAAUCCAUCCAGCUUGAACUCAUUCGGGAGAAUGCGCGGUGGAUGCUAAAGGGGUCUACAAAUUACGGCGACAGCGUUGCCGACGAGUGGCUGAUCGUUUACCUUCUCCGGGAACUGAGUAAAGAGUUUGGAGACGUAUGGUUACGGGUGUAUGAUAGCGAUGGCGAAUUCUUGCUCAUCGAGGCCGCAAAGGUGCUUCCCAAGUGGCUGAGCCCGGAGAUUGACGGAAACCGGGUGUGGAUACAUGCAGGCCGCCUAUAUAUUCUUGCCCCGUCUGCCACAGAGGAACCGAAACCCUUAAAACUUGAAGAAGCACUGAUGGCUAUAACAACUUCGCCCGCGGUUGCGCAACCUCAGCCAGAAAUCGAGAAAGAGGCGUUCCAUCGCCUGGAAGGGUAUCCAGCCGCCAUCGCAGAGAAUCAGCACCAUGCAACUCUCCCGCUGCCACGGAAAGUAGCCCAUAUUCUUCAUACGAAUCCCUCCUAUAUCGCUCCAGCAGUCGAGACAUUCUACCUAAGAGACCCUAUUUCGCUUCGCUUGCUACAACCGGCCAAAGGAGAUGCAUCUCUUGCAUUUCCACCUGAAGACUUUGUCGAGAUCAGUGUACGGUUCACCAAAGUUCUUUACGCGCAACUCCUCGGACAACGAUGGGUCCCGCGUGGGCCUUGGGCAGACGCCCUGGAAUCUCUAGUGCACAAGGAUCGCCAACCCUUGGUCUCUCCUGAAAAAGCAGAGCUGGGUAUCAAAGUCGCUGCGGGCAUGGAGAUGCUUGUGCGGCACAAGAUAUACGCUGACAAGAAAGCCGCCCGCGAGAUCAACUUACUGUUGGAGGAGCUGGAUUCUGGCGAUGACGUCCUUCCCACCGACUCUGAGAUUGCACGAUGGCCCAAGCGGGAAGAUGACGAACGGUGGUUGAACAUCGACUUUUCCGAAUUUGAACGCGAGUUGGCUGGGAGCGGUGGAUCCGACGGUUUUGGUGACAAAGCUGCGCAGCAAAAUCUACGUAAGAUGGUAGAGCGUUUCAACGCAUUCAUGGAAGACGAGGAUGCGGAUCUUGAAGGUGCACGCGGACUGGGCUUGGACCCGAUGGAUAGAGACGAUGACUCAGAUGCUGACCAACGUGGAUGGGAGGAUCCCGAGAGCGAGGACGACAGUACUGACGAUGACUACGCCGAUGCCGAGUACGCGGAAUACGAAAAGGCUUUUGAAAAGUUCAUGUCCUUGUCAUCUGCUGAGAAGUCUGCCUUGACAGACGAUGCGCGCGAGUUGGCUAGGGCGGAAGAAGCCGAGCAAGAGGAGGAUGAGGAGAUCAAAAAGCUGUCCGAAAUGAUGGAAGCGGAGCUGUUCAGUCAUGGUGCCCUCAAUUUGAACCCGGCACCUACAACGGGAAAGGCAUCGAACAAGACCGUCUCCUUUACAGACAAGGGUAAGGGUAAGAAAAAGGUUGAAGUUUCAGAGCAAGAUGAUGAAUAUGAGGAUAAUCUUUUGGAUGACGACUACAAUCUUGCCGAGAACAUGCUAAGGAGUUUCAAGGGCCAGGUAGGCAUGGCAGGCCCUGCCGGAAAUCUGAUGGGUUUGAUGGGUGUCCAAUUCCCGCCGGAUGAAGAUGAUCAUAGUGGCUAAGCAAGCAAACAUCUGGAUAUGCAUGAUAGGGAAGGUACAUCACAUUCGGGUGCGCGAUCUUGCAGGGAGCAAUUGAUCAAUGGACCGUUGGGUUU